UAUGGCAACUGUCGUGGUGCGCAAGGUGGAGCGCAGAACAGCAGGUGUGGCGGCCCGUCAGUUACCUCCGGAGGUUGAUGCUUGAAGGACCUGUGUAAGGCAUCCUCCCGCGUCCUAAAAUAACACUUCCUUGUGUACUAAGUUGCUUUACGCAAGUGGCCGACAGCGAGUGUUAGCGGUGCGGGAUGGAGCUAGCGACGGAGCGGCCGCCUUCCUAUGGCCAAGUGCCCUCGUCCUCCUGCCUCUCAGAAUUUAAUGAGAUGUGGCUUGAUCUAGAGUCUGUGUUGCUGGAGGAGACGAGUCCUGUCGUGUUGCAGGCUGAGCAACACGAGACCUUCGUGAAGGGGGACACGAGUGUACACUCCCCCGUGCCCUACCCUCCCACGCCUCCAAUACCCGACCACCACCACCACCAGCACCACCAGCAGCAGCAGCAGCAGCAGCAGGUGCUGGAGGAGGCCGACCACAAGGGCGCCGGACACGUGGCUCUACCCUCCAUCGCUGCAGCUUUUGGCUCCGCUAAAGCUGAUUAUGAGCAGGUGGUUCCUCAGUUCCUGCCUCCGCCGCGCCUCCAGCAGGAGCCACACCACAGACCGCAGCAGCAGCAGCAGCAGCAGCGACAACAGCAGCAGUACCCACAGCAGGAGUAUGGGUACGCUGAGGGCACGGGGCGUCCCGUCUACCACUACCACCACUACCCUCACCCCGCGGCUAUCACCACCGCUUAUACCACCACCGUCCACGCCCGCGCCGCCUUCACCACCGCCCACGCCCUCAGUACAGCCACCCACGCCCCCAGUACAGCCGCCCACGCCGCCUACACCACGUGCCACGCCCCCAGUACGACCACCCACGCCUACACCACCACGCAGUCCUCCACGCCCUCAACGCAGGCGACGUUUGGCACUAUGUACCAAUACUGGGGCGGCACGGGCGUGGUAUUAACCCCCCCAUCAUCCCCCCACGCCCCUGGUAUUGUGGCCGCCCCUGUUCUAUGCCCGCCCACGCUACCCCCAUCGACCACGCCCACGCCCCCACGCCCACGAAGACGCCGCGCCCGCAGACGACUAAUCAUCCACAACUGCCCACAACCCGGAUGUUUGAAGACCUACACCAAGUCUUCCCACCUGAAGGCCCACCUGAGGACUCACACCGGGGAGAAGCCCUACACCUGUAAGUGGAAGGGUUGUGGCUGGAAGUUCGCCAGGUCCGACGAACUGACUCGACACUACCGUAAACACACUGGAGAUCGACCUUUCCAGUGUCGACUAUGUGAGCGGGCUUUCUCCAGGUCAGACCACCUCAGUCUUCACAUGAAGCGUCACAUAGCUCUCUGAACUGACUCUGGACGCCUCAGUCUUCACAUGUUGGGUCACAUAGCUCUCUGAACUGACUCUGGACGGCUCAGUCUUCACAUGUUGGGUCACACAGUUCUCUGAACUGACUCUGGACGGCUCAGUCUUCACAUGUUGGGUCACACAGCUCUCUGAACUGACUCUGGACGGCUCAGUCUUCACAUGUUGGGUCACACAGCUCUCUGAACUGACUCUGGACGCCUCAGUCUUCACAUGAAACGUCACAUAGCUCUCUGAACUGACUCUGGACGCCUCAGUCUUCACAUGUUGGGUCACACAGCUCUCAGAACUGACUCUGGACGCCUCAGUCUUCACAUGUUGGGUCACAUAGCUCUCUGAACUGACUCUGGACGGCUCAGUCUUCACAUGUUGGGUCACAUAGCUCUCUGAACUGACUCUGGACGCCUCAGUCUUCACAUGAAGCGUCACAUAGCUCUCUGAACUGACUCUGGACGGCUCAGUCUUCACAUGUUGGGUCACACAGCUCUCAGAACUGACUCUGGACGCCUCAGUCUUCACAUGUUGGGUCACACAGCUCUCUGAACUGACUCUGGACGCCUCAGUCUUCACAUGUUGGGUCACAUAGCUCUCUGAACUGACUCUGGACGGCUCAGUCUUCACAUGUUGGGUCACAUAGCUCUCUGAACUGACUCUGGACGCCUCAGUCUUCACAUGAAGCGUCACAUAGCUCUCUGAACUGACUCUGGACGGCUCAGUCUUCACAUGUUGGGUCACACAGCUCUCUGAACUGACUCUGGACGGCUCAGUCUUCACAUGUUGGGUCACACAGCUCUCUGAACUGACUCUGGACGGCUCAGUCUUCACAUGUUGGGUCACACAGCUCUCUGAACUGACUCUGGACGCCUCAGUCUUCACAUGUUGGGUCACACAGCUCUCUGAACUGACUCUGGACGGCUCAGUCUUCACAUGAAGCGUCACACAGCUCUCUGAACUGACUCUGGACGGCUCAGUCUUCACAUGUUGGAGUCCUGAACAAACUGGGUCCUGGUGACUGGACGACCAUAGCGACAAUAACUGGAGACUGUCUUAAGUGCUUCUGAGAGUAAACUGUCAACAAAAGCGUAGACUCAUUUAAAUGUGAUUAACAAACGCGACCAACGAGUGAGAUCAACGAAGACUUUUGUUCGUGUUUCAGCAAAUUCCACAAAUGUUCAAAUACUUUAAAAACGCAAAUACUCGUUUCUUAAUAUUUAAAUGUUAUAAUUUUUUUUUGACAUUUUAAACUGAUUAAGAAUGU